GAACGGGAGCAGCCACGUGACGAGGACGAGGACGUGGACGUGGACGAGGGCGAUAUCCCUGGCCAGCUACGCGGGUGGUGUUCGUGCGAGGAUAUCAUCCCCAGGCGGCACGGGGCAGCGACGCGUCGAGGGCACGCCGGAAAAGGUGGAGGAAUACGCUGUUUGCCGCAGCGUAUCGGUACCGGAAGAACCGGCACCGAGACUAGUGGCGGACAGAGCAAGGCGGCCAUCAUUGCACGCGAACGGCACCGUUCAUCGGGACGAGGACAGCUGGUGGUCCGCAGAGGAGGGCGGAGGGGGUCACGCGUUAAGAGAGCGUGAUAAUAGUGCCGCGGUGGCUUGCAUCGCGGGUUACAUGGCGGGUUACCUGAAGGCGGCAGGCGCGACCUGCGGCUCGACUGGAAACCCUCAUCAGUACCACCAUCCCCACGGUCAUCCCACGAUGGGGGUCGGCACUCAUCCGCACCCCCAUUCGCAUCCGCACCCGGGCACGCCGCAUCCCGGCCUGCCGUCAUCCUUCGCUCUCGCCACGCACGGUCAUCCGCAUGCUAUUCCGCUCGAUCACGGAUUGGCUGCGUUUCCGCAAGGUAUGAAUCAACGCAAGCAGCGUCGCGAGAGGACGACCUUCACCCGAGCUCAGCUGGACGUGUUGGAGUCGCUAUUCGCGAAAACGAGAUACCCGGACAUCUUUAUGCGCGAGGAGGUUGCCCUCAAGAUCAGCCUGCCCGAGUCGCGAGUCCAGGUGUGGUUCAAGAAUCGCCGGGCCAAGUGCAGGCAACAGCUUCAACAGCAGCAGCAGCAGCAACAACAACAACAGCAGCAACAACAAACCCCUCCGUCGAAGGGCUCGCCCAGAUCGAGCCAGAAUCACAGCAACAGCAGUACUGGCAGCAGGAUAUCGACGAGCUCGUCGACGACGCCGAGCAGGCGGUCCUCACCAGGGUCACCGGUGCAAGGUAGGGAGGCGCCCGUAGCAGGUAACUCACCCUUGUCGACGCCGCUACUGUCGACACAGUCGACGUACCCACGGGUCGGGACAACGCCGACCGGCGGCAGCGGCAACAACAGUCUGACAACCCCGUCGCCACCACUGACACCCAGUUCGAAUCAACUGCAACCGUCGUCCUACCCAUCGGCGAUGAACCAGAUCCAUCACGGUGAAGCGUACGGUUUCACCUGGAGCUCGGGGCCGCCCGCUUCCGUCAAUCACAGCCAAUACGCUGGCCAGGGUUACAACACUUACGCCCAAGGGCCAUACAGUGGUGACUACUAUCAGACUCAAAUAUCCCAUAUGCAUCACAGCUCGCAGACCAACUAUCACCACCCGCAGUAUCAUCCCAACAUGACGCUCACCUCGUCCAUGUCGCAUCUGACCAGUCACCAUCUGAACUCGGUGACCAGUCAGACCCAGGCGGCCAGCAACGACAUUGCAGCAGCAGCCGUAGUAGCUGCAGCCGCGUCCGGUGAAGAGACUGGUUACGUUUUACCCGAUCAGAAGUAUCCAUCGCUGGUAUAGCGGUCCGGCAGGUCCUCCGGGAUCUUCCAUCGGAGCCAGGAUACCGCGAGCAUAGCCGGCACCGCGAUGCCCUAUCACUGGCGAUUGAAUUCGUCGGUGUGUCAUGAGAUCAACGGUAACCUUGAUUCUGACGACAAUUGAUGGGUCGAGGAAUGCAAAGGGAAUCGCAAGACGAUUCCCAACGUGGACAAAUAAGAUGAUUAAGGGUCAGCUGUACGAGAGAAAAAAUUGUUCUCUACGUUCAGAAAAUGCAAUCAUUGAUGUUAGUUGACGUGGUGACAAUUGCACAUUGAUGCAGAGUUUUAGCAGAUAACACGCGAAUGCUAAAAUCACAUAUAUGCAGACACAAAACACGACUACGCUAUGCCAGUCACGGAUUGUUCAUCGAUUCGUUUGCCAUUUGAUUGAUUCGCGCGAAACGCGGAGGGUUUGGCAUUUACGCAAACGUGGUAUUGUGAGCGCUUUCUGAUUUUCCAUUCGCCGCACCGUCCGAGAACAAGCAGAUUAUUACUAAUAGCAGCUCUGAGUAAUCCAUGUUAUCCAAAUACAGCACGUAAAGUUCCCUUGAAUUAUUUUCAUUACUGAAAUCAUUUCAAGUUACUGUUUUAAAAAAAAGGCCAAGCACAUAAGCACAUAAAGGCGCCGAUAAUCUAGUGGUUAUUAUCGAGCGUCUUUACGCCUUUACAUUGAUCGUAGCGAGUGUUUUUAUUAAAUUAUUAUAUCCUUUUUAACAAACAUUAUAAAACAGAAAUGGAGCUAAGUGGCUUAAAUGUCUUUCCGUUUAAACCGUUUAAUAUUUUCGUACGAGUAAAAUAUUAUCGAAAAACAAUAUUAUUUGCAAUAUUAUUGGUUGACAAGAAUAGUCAUCAUAAUAAUUAUAAUAAAAUCAUAGAGUGUUAGCGCUUUAUGCAGUGCUGUGACUUGUUUUUUUGGAUACCCUUUUAUUAACUUAUGCAUUUUUAAGUUGCAAUUGUCAUUUUUCACAUUUUUACUAUGCAUCCGUCGAAAAAAGAAAAUCUGCAUUUGUAGCUCAUAUUUAACGCUGAAGCAAUUUGCCUGAAUUUAAGUUGUAAAUAAAUAAUAUCUAUACUUUGGACAUUUUUAAGAAAAGACAAGCAGAUUUGGCGGCAAAUGUGAAUUACAAAUGGGAAACUUGAUAAUAGACCGAUGUCAACUUACAGGAAAGCCGAAUUUUAUUUUUGAGAAAAAUAGUAAAAAAGAAAACUUGUCCUUGUAAAUAAAGAUAAAAGGCUAUAUCCAUGAAAAGUGUUUCAAAUUUUCCUAUAAGGAAGUUCGUGCGCAUCGUAUAUAGAAUUUCUUUUAAGAUCUAAUCUCUCUAGUUGAUAUCCUUUGCAUUUUUCAAUAAUAUUAAAAGACGAGUGCUCAUCACUGCCGUCUUUGUCAUUGGUAUUAUCGUUACACUUUUUAUUAUUACCAUUAACAUUGUAUAGAUGAUUACUCAUAUCACUUACGGCCAGUAGCCGAACUGUAAAUAAAGACGAGUAUGAGAGUACGUGAAUGAGAGACAAAGAGAGAGAGAGAGAGCGAGCAGAAAUCUAAAAAAAAAUUCGAAAUUCUAUUGCAAAAUGUCAAAUAUCCCCGAGUAUGGAGUAAAACUUAUCCCAUGGGGAUUCCUUGCUGUAUAGCCGUUUCAUUUCUAUAGUAUUCUCUGUUCUCGGGAGACGUAAAUUUCGUGGCGCGCUUUUUCGCGCGCUAACUUAAUUAUCAUAAUGUGUUUCCUCGAAAGACGAGAAAGGGAAAGAGAGAGAAAAGUAUAUACGAUGAUGCCUAGUUAAUAUUAUGAGUGUAUAUUUCGUGUAUACUACCUAAUAUGUAUAUUAUCCGUGGAGCUUAGAAAAUAUAUAUAAUUAAAGAGAAUAAAAAGAGAAAGAUUAUAUCAUUAAGAUUAACGAUAGCGAAGCGAUGAAACCGUCAUGGAUACUAUGGUCGCACGUAAACCUAGGCUACUUUGUAAUAAUGCGACGCGAAAUGUACAUAAAACGUAUUUCUCUUGUAAGAUACACAGUUGUUCUAUAUCACAAUGUGCGAAGAGAAUCUUCCUACGUCAGAAAAAAAAUAUCGCAUAUUAUUAAUAA